AUGGGUAAUGAAGCCAAUCGAAUAGAAACUUUAACAAAUGAACAAAUUGUUAAUGAAGUUCUAAAUGAAUUACAAAAAAUGUUUCCAAAUCAGAGUAUUCCAAUACCUAUCGAAAGUUUUGUAACACGUUGGAAAUCAGAUCCAUUUUCUAAUGGUUCAUAUUCGUACAUAUCUCAAUAUCAAACUUAUGAAGAUAUGAUAUAUAUUAGUAAACCAAUCGCUGAUAAACUACUUUUUGCAGGCGAAGCUACAGCCCAAGAAUGGUAUGGCUAUGCACAUGGUGCUUUACUAAGUGCACGACGAGAAGUAACUCGAUUAUUGCACGUUUAUGAAUUGUCCGUAAAUCAAACUCAACCUGGAUCUCGAUCAGUGUUAAUGAAUCCAUUCAAAAUUAUGAUUAUUAUCAAUAUUAUCUUAUUGGAAUUUUUGUCUUAUAUAACGAAAUGA